AUGUCUCCUCUCCACCAGUCAGCGCCUGAUGGCAGGAUCAAGAAAAGGGAUGUUGGAGCGAGUAAUCUUUUGCUUGGUGCUAGCUUGAAUAUGUUCGAAGUCACCACACUCGGACAGCCGCUGGAAGUCAUCAAGACCACAAUGGCAGCUAAUAGAUCGGAUUCAUUUAUCACAGCCCUCAGGCGCGUCUGGUCGCGGGGAGGAAUUGCCGGUUAUUACCAAGGUUUGAUCCCGUGGGCCUGGAUUGAAGCGUCCACGAAAGGCGCGGUUCUGCUCUUUGUAGCCUCCGAAGUCGAGUAUCAUUCGCGGACAGCCGGGGCCUCCGAGUUUCUGUCCGGCAUUGCAGGAGGCAUGGUCGGUGGUGCGGCUCAGGCAUACGCAACGGUCGGGUUCUGUACCUGUAUGAAGACAGCGGAGAUUACUCGCCAGAAGCAAGCGGCAGCGGGGCUGAAACCACCGGGUGCCCUGGAGACAUUUGUCACGAUGUUUCGGACGGAGGGAUUGCGAGAAAUUAACAAAGGAGUCAAUGCCGUAGCAAUUCGGCAGGUCACCAAUUGGGGGUCUCGGUUCGGCUUCUCACGACUGGUUGAAGACGCGAUCCGCAGAGCCACAAACAAAGGGCGUGAGGAACGACUCGGCGUUGUUGAGAAGAUAUUGGCCUCCGGCGUUGGAGGUGCUCUGGCUAGCUGGAACCAGCCCAUCGAGGUGAUUCGGGUAGAGAUGCAGAGCCUAAAGGCUGAUCCCAAUCGCCCCACCAAGCUCAGUAUUGGGAGCACGUUCCGGUAUAUCUAUGCGCAAAGUGGGAUACGGGGUCUAUACCGCGGAGUCACGCCACGCAUCGGACUAGGAGUCUGGCAGACCGUGUGCAUGGUAGCGCUUGGAGACGUGUAAGUCCAAUGUACAUGAAGAGGAGAAUGCCUCUCGCUAAUAAAUUCAGGGCCAAGGAGAUGGUUGAAUCUAUAACACAACAGCAUGCCUCACAUUGAGUAUAUACAUACAAGGAGUAUAAAUGUGGGCUCGGGGCCUAAGUGUUUAUAGAAAAUAGUAUUUACAGUAAAGUUAAAAAGAAACUAAAAGAAGAGCAGGGGAUGGACGCCUUAGGCAAAGGGGGCUGGAAUAACAAGUUGCCUUGCGGUUGGCUUGAUCUGGUUGCGCCCAAGGCACGUGGCUAUGAAUAGCACAUACAUCAUCCUCCAUGACGCUUGUUGCCUAGAGAACUUCUUCUAAUAAUCCGCUA